UUUAUAAACAUGAGGACAAUAGGCUUAGAAUCCAAGGAUUGAGUGACACCACUCGGACCAAAUAUGUUACUAGAAAAUAAUUAAGGGGGCUAAUAAUUUGGAAAUACAAUUAAACUCUUUGGACAGAGUUGAAGGCAAGAAAUAUGUAGCUCCGUAUUAGUAAACAAAUGUGAACACACCUGAAUGAAAAAGCGUGGUUGCUGCUGAGGUUGAGAUUAUUCCACUUUGAGCAACUAGAUCUUCAAUUAGAGAAGCUUCUCUUUUACAGGAUCUUUCUCUGUCACACAGAGUCUUGGUGACACAGAGGUUAGGAACCAGAUCAGCUAUGAAUAGGGUGAAGAAAGAAAAGAACAAAAAGGAGCUUCUUGUCAAGAAAACAGCAAAAUGAGACCUCGUUUUAUGAUCGCUUUCUUGAUUCUAUCAUUGAUUACAUAUUUCAAACUCCAAAUCACAAAAGGAGAAGAGCAUAGAUUUCAAGAUUCUCAUGGUGGGAAGAAAAAAAGGAGAAUUUUGCACCAACCAUUGUUUCCAGCAAGUUCAGCACCUCCACCUCAAUCAGAAUUAUCGCCGCCACCUCCUCCAGACAGGCCAGAAUCACCAGAUCAGGACCAGCCCUUCUUCCAUGAACUCCCCAACGGGUCGACUCCUGAUCAGGUCCAACAGUCUCCACAGGCACCAGCCAGUGGCACUACAGUGGGGAAUCCAGUUGUCACUCAACCAUCCAAGCCAGCAAAGAAAUUGGCAAUUGCAAUAUCUGUUGGGAUUGUUACGUUGGGAAUGUUUUCGGCACUGGCAUUCUAUCUCUACAAACACAGAGUGAAACAUUCUGAUGUUUCGCAAAAGCUUGUUAGUGGUAAUUCACAGAGGAUCAAUGAAGACCCGGGAGUAGGACCGUCCACUUUUCUAUAUGUUGGGACGGUCGAGCCGGCCAUUACAAGAUCAGUGAGCGAGACAAAUGUUGUCAAUAUCUCGCCCAGUCAAAAUUUGAAAUCUAUAGAAAGAUCUGAUCAGAAACGGUAUAGACCUAGUCCUGACCUUCAGCCACUGCCACCAUUGAACAAGCCCCCGCCACCUCCUAGCAUAAAUUUAUCACCGCCCAUGUCAUCAUCAGACGAUGAGAGUCAUGAUACUACUUUUUACAGCGCACACGCCUCAUCAGUGAGCAACAUGUCCCCCAGUUCACGCCACAGCUAUCCAAGCAAUAAUUCUAGCGUGAUGCACCAGGCCAGGCCGGAUCAUGUUGUCCCUCAACCGAAGAUAACUUCACCAAAGUCUCGCCUUUCAAUGUCUUCCCCAGAUACAAAACAUGCUAUCAUUCCAACAACUAACGAAUUGCUACCACCUUAUCCGUUUCCUUCUCCUCGUCCUCCUCCUCCUCCACCGCCACCACCACUACCACCAGCAGCUUCUUCCUUAGAGUCACUGAAGCAAUCUGAAGGGAAGCCUAGCAUAUCAGCUCAACCAUAUAUUCCUAAAAGGCCUAAAUUUUCAGCACCACCUCCACCACCGGAUAUUGGACGGCUUCAAUGGAUAAACAAUGACGUACAGCAGGCAUCCAAAAUCCCAGUUCCACCACCACCGCCAAUGCCCACUUCCAGAAAAUUGAGCACUGUAAAAAAUACACCUUCACUGGCUUCCACGCUGAUAAGGUCACAAUCAAGGAGUCCUAGCCCCAGAGCAACUCCAAGGAUUAAGAAGACAAGUCCAGUCGAAGAAGUUGAUACAGGUGUCAGUUCAUCGGAGAAACAAGAUGCAGAGGACAGUGAAGGAUCAAAACCCAAGUUGAAGCCUUUUCACUGGGACAAAGUACGAACAACCUCUGACAGAGCCACUGUUUGGGACCAACUAAAUUCUAGCUCUUUCCAGUUAAAUGAGGACGCUAUGGAAUCACUUUUUGGAUGGAGUUCUGCAAAUUCAGUUCCUAAAGAAGCAACUAGGAAGUCGGUCCUCCCUCCUUUAGAAAUGGAGAACAGAGUGCUGGACCCAAAGAAGUCUCAGAACAUAGCUAUACUAUUACGAGCAUUGAAUGUGACAAGGGAUGAGGUUUCUGAAGCACUUUUAGAUGGAAAUCCAGAUGGAUUAGGUGCAGACCUUUUAGAGACUUUAGUGAAGAUGACACCGACCAAGGAGGAAGAAAUAAAACUUAAAGACUACAAUGGUGACAUCUCUAAAUUAGGGACAGCGGAAAGAUUCCUCAAGGCAGUUCUUGAUAUUCCAUUUGCCUUUAAACGAGUGGAAGCAAUGUUAUACAGAGCAAACUUUGAUACAGAAGUAAAAUACUUGAGAAAGUCCUUUCUAACCAUAGAGGAAGCAAGUGAAGAACUGAAAAACAGUCGCCUAUUCCUUAAACUCCUUGAGGCUGUUCUAAGGACAGGAAACCGAAUGAAUGUUGGUACCAACCGUGGUGAUGCCAGAGCUUUUAAACUUGAUACUUUGUUGAAAUUAGUAGAUAUAAAAGGAACUGAUGGUAAGACAACUUUACUACACUUUGUGGUCCAAGAGAUUCUCAGAUCGGAAGGAGCAGAUUCUGAUCCAACUAAUCAAAGUAUGCCAGAUAAAACAAACUUCAGCUUUAAAGAGGAGGAUUUUAAAAGGCAAGGGUUGCAAGUUGUAGCAGGGUUAAGCAAAGAGCUUGGCAAUGUCAGAAGGGCAGCAGGUAUGGACUCAGAUUUAUUGAGUAGUUAUGUCUCCAAGCUUGAAAUAGGACUUGAGAAAGUCAGAUCGGUUUUGCUCCAUGAGAAACAAAAUUCACAAGGAAAUUUUUUUAAGUCAAUGCAAAUGUUUCUUGACUAUGCUCAAAAGGAAAUCAAUGGGGUUAAGGCUGAAGAGAGGGCAACCUUGUCAUUGGUGAAAGAGCUGACAGAGUAUUUCCAUGGAGAUGCUGUAAGAGAGGAGGCCCAUCCAUUCAGGAUUUUCAUGAUUGUGCGAGAUUUUCUCUCCACGUUGGAUAGCGUCUGCAAAGAUGUUGGGACAAUGCAGGACAGAACAACAAUAGGUUCUGCAAGAUCAUUCAGAAUUCCUGUAACUGCAUCACUUCCAGUGUUCAAUAGAUAUAAUAUAGAACGUGAUAGAAGUUCUGACGAUGAAAGCAUGUCAUCUUAGCUAAAGCCCAAGCAACGCAAUAGCCUCACCAUAGUUUGCUGACGAGAAUGUUAACAGAGAGGGAUAAACAUGAAUAUACAAGUACCUCAGAAGCAUAUGUAUAGAAUCAGAUCGAAUUAUACAGCUUCAUCUACAUUCCAGCAGAAAAAAGAGAAAUGCACCGAUUGAAAGGCUUACAGAAUCUGCAGGCAAACCGUCACAAAAGAACCUGUGGAUUAAUACAAAUGACUUUCAUACAAUGUCAAAUAGGAUUGCCUCAACACCAGGAGAUGGGCAGUUUGAGAGCAAAUGGAUGUUUCUACUCUAUACGGAACUAGUUAAAGCAGCGAUUUACAUAGCCAUUCAAGAGAACAUAAAAGCAAGUCAAGGCAUCAUGAAUAGACUAAUUUUGUUAAAUGCUUUGAUUCAUCCAAUCCAAAAUAAGGUAAAGAAAUUACUUCGUACAA